AGAAAACUCGUCCCGGGUUGCGGACCUUUCCUCCCGCGCCUCGCAAGGGAAUACCGCAGCCACCGGCGAUGCUGCCCGGCCCGAGCGCCGCCCUGGCCAUCUGCGCCCUUCAGGGGCUGCUCCUGGUGCACGGUCUGGCUGAGGAAGAAUCUUUUGAGAAACCAACGCUAAGCAUUGCCAAAGACCACAUUGUCAUCCUACCGGGAGACACCCUAAAGAUAAAAUGCAGGGGAGCACCUUCCGUAAGCUGGCUGUUGAGGGGGGACCAGAAGGAAGACCCUCGGGUGCACAUAAGCAGUUGCCGCAACAGCACGAGGCAAAGCUGCAGCAUGCUUGUGAUGAGGAGAGUCACAGCCAACGACACCGGGUACUUCACCUGCAUCCACGAUGACUCCCCCACGGAUGAGGAUCUCAUGGCCAGGAUUUAUGUGUUUGUGAAAGACUACAGAAAUCCAUUUGUGGAGAUUCACCCGGAACAUCCCGAAAUAAUCUACAUUUUAGAUGCUAAGAAAACAGUUGUUGUCCCUUGCCGAGUCACCUCGCCAGAUAUCAAACCCAAGCUCACCCAGUAUCCGUAUUCUGUAGAGAUGAACUUCAAGAGGAUGGUGUGGGACCCAAGAAGAGGAUUUGUCAUCCCCUCUCAUGCUUUCAUUUAUUCUGGUGUCCUCACAUGCACUGCAACAGUGAAUGGAAGCGUGUUCACCUCCUACUACCUAGCACAGAGGUUGGAGGGCAGAGUACAGAACCUGGCUCUGAAAGCAACUCCCAAGAAACUGCUGGUUGGAGAAACUCUCUAUUUGGAAUGCAGAGCAGAAACCUUCAUCAAUGGACGAAUCGAGCUCAUAUGGACAAGUCCCAGUGGGAAACACCCUUAUCCUAGGAGAACCAUUGACCAGAGUGGCAUGGUGUAUAAGGUUGGCAGCAGCCUGACAAUUGAAAAUAUCACCAUGCAAGACGGAGGCCUCUAUGUGUGCAAAACAUUCAACGUGACACGGCUGGAGGCCAAUGUCACAGUUACAGUGUAUGACAAACCUUUCAUUACGGUUUCACAUAAGAAAGGGCCUUACUAUGAGAUUACAUCAGGACACAAGUCACUGAAACUGGCUGCAAAGGUGGAUGCCUUUCCUCGCCCAACCGUCACCUGGUACAAAGAUGGCAAACUGAUCAAGGACAACCACACGUGCUAUGAGCCAGAGCCACUCAAGUACAGACUGGGCAUAAGAGACGUGAGACCAAAGCAUGCUGGAAACUACACCAUUGUCCUGAGCAAUGCAAAGUAUGGACUCUACAAGAACCUCACCAUGCAGCUGGUAGUGACAGAGAGGCCCAAAAUCUAUGAAAAGGAAACUGACUUUGAUAAGAUCGAGCGGGUGGAGUUAAGAAGCAAACACAAAAUCCAGUGCACCGUAAGCGGGAAUCCUGAUCCGAAGAUCGAGUGGAAGUGGCAGCCCUGCAGCCUCACAGACACGCUAUGCAUCCCCGAAGGACAAAAAAUGGUGGUUCAUGAGAACAUGGUUGUAGGCAACAAGAUCAGAAGCAUUGAGAACAUAACCCUGAAGCAUGGGGACAAAAGAAAGAUUGUGAGCACACUGACUAUGGAAAACAGCAGUGCAUCAGGAAUCUAUUACUGUGUGGCUUCAAACAAGAUCGGAGAAGAAGAGAGGAGCAUCGAGUUCUAUGUCUCAGAUGUGCCAUUUGGGUUGCAAACAGCCCCGCAAGUGACAACCAUCGUGGGGAACAACGUCCAGCUGACCUGCCGGGCCUCCAAGUACAUCUACAGCCACCUGGGCUGGUAUUCCCCCUCCUCUGAGGCGGCUCCCGCCAACUCCCUCAUCAGGAGCACCAGUAACUAUUCCAUUUCGUUGACACUGGUCAUCACUAACGUCACCAAGGAACAGAGUGGCCUCUACAGAUGCAGAGCCCAGAACCAGCACAACAGCACCGACACGCUGGAACAGCACACUCAGCUCCUCGUCAGAGCAAAGGCAGCACCGUACGUGAUACAGAACCUCACAGACCUGGAGGUUAACAUCAGCGGCAAGAUCAUUCUGGAGUGCAAAGUCGGCGGGACACCAGAACCUCAGAUCACGUGGAGGAAGAAUGGCUACCCCAUUUCAGCAGCAUCAGGAAUUUCCAUGGAAAAUAAUACCCUGGUCAUUGAGCGAGUGAAAAAGGAUGAUGAAGGGCUCUAUGAAUGCAAAGCAUCCAACGACAUGGGCCAGGACAGCACAUCAGCCUUCAUUAAGAUACAAGGUUCUGAGGAGAAAUCCAACAUUGAAGUUAUCAUUCUGGUCUGCACUGGUCUGGCUGCUACUCUCUUCUGGCUUCUUCUCACUCUCUUCAUUCGGAAGCUGAGAAAACCUGAUGCCACAGAUAUUAAAACAGGAUACCUGUCAAUUAUAAUGGAUCCAGAGGAAAUGCCUCUUGACGAACAGUGUGACCGUCUUCCCUAUGACAGCAGUAAAUGGGAGUUCCCAAGAGACAGACUGCGGCUGGGUAAAACACUGGGUCAUGGUGCUUUUGGGAAGGUGGUGGAAGCGUCUGCUUUUGGCAUUGAUAAAUCUUCAACCUGCAAAACAGUUGCCGUAAAAAUGCUUAAAGCAGAAUGUGCAACUACUAAUGAAUGCAAGGCUUUAAUGUCUGAACUGAAGAUCCUCAUCCACAUAGGCCAUCACCUGAAUGUAGUUAACCUGCUGGGAGCUUGCACCAAGGCUGGAGGUCCUUUGAUGGUCAUAGUAGAAUACUGCAAAUAUGGAAAUCUGUCCAACUAUCUCAGAGGGAAACGAGGGGAUUUCAUUGCAUACAAGUCGCAGGAAAACUCUGACCAAGCAGAGAAAAGUCUGGAUGAGUCCAACAGUGAUUUGACUGAACUGAUCAAGAGGCGCCUGGAGAGCGUAGCCAGCACGGGAAGCUCUGCCAGCUCUGGGUUUAUUGAAGAUAAGAGUUACAGCGAUUCAGAAGAUGACGAAGAAGAUGCUGAGGAUCUGUACAAGAGGCCCCUGACUUUGGAGGAUCUGAUCUGCUACAGCUUCCAAGUGGCCAAAGGCAUGGAGUUUCUCGCCUCCCGAAAAUGCAUCCAUCGGGAUUUGGCAGCAAGGAACAUCCUUCUUUCAGAGAACAACGUGGUUAAGAUCUGUGACUUCGGGCUAGCCAGGGAUAUUUAUAAAGACCCCGACUAUGUGCGGAAAGGAGAUGCCAGGCUCCCGCUCAAAUGGAUGGCUCCAGAAGCUAUUUUUGACAAAAUCUACACGACACAGAGUGACGUGUGGUCUUUUGGAGUGCUGCUCUGGGAAAUAUUUUCUCUAGGUGCCUCACCAUACCCUGGAGUGCAGAUAGAUGAGGACUUCUGCCGACGGCUCAAAGAAGGCACCCGGAUGAGAUCUCCAGAGUAUUCCACUCCAGAAGUCUACCAGACAAUGCUGGAUUGUUGGCAUGGCGUUCCCACUGAGAGACCUACUUUCACUGAGCUUGUGGAGCGCUUAGGAGACCUUCUGCAAGCCAAUGUCCAGCAGGAUGGUAAAGACUAUAUCCCACUGAACAUCACCUUGUGUCCUGAUGGAGAAUCUAACCCCAAAACUUGCCCUGUGGAAGAAAACUUGAACAACUGUGUUAAUCGCUGGAGUGCAGUGGAAACUGGUAACAACAGCAAGAAGAGACCGCUGAGUGUGAAGACGUUUGAUGAGGUGCCAGUGGAAAAGGAGAAAGUGAUGCAUGAGGAGUCAGACAGCGGGAUGGUGUUGACAUCAGAUGAGAUAAAAAGCCCAAAGAGGCUGGAAAUCCGCUCCUGGCCCUACGGGAUCAUGGCUCUAGCGAGGAGAGCUGUUAGCAAGAGCAAAGAAUCCAUUUUAUCUGACCACGAGGCUGUCAAAUACCAGCCAGCGGUUCAGGUAGAAGAGGACACCAUGGACUUCACACUGGAAGACUCUGUUCUCCUCCCUAUGGAUCCAAACCUGGAAUGCCACAGCCCACCUCCAGAUUACAAUUCUGUCAUUCACUACUCGGCCCCUCCAGUGUAACCAGCCCAACUCCGGGCAUCUUGUUCCUCACUCACAUUGGAUUCUUUCAUGCCUCCAUGCCUGGAUAGAGAGGCUGGGUAAAACCAGGAGGGAAAUCUGACAGCACAAUGGUUCACAUGUUUCUUCUGGCACAUCUCUGAUGUGAAGAGAAACGUUUUAAGAGCAUCUUCUUUCCUAUCUUCAAAGGCCUAUUGCAACAUAUGAGGUAAAUUAACAUUCUAUCAGAAUCACAAGAGGAGCUGUAACCCAGAACUGCUUCUGCUCCUUCCUGCCCUAGCUGGGACUGCUCACUGGCAUCUUCACAUUUACAAGUUCCUUCAUUCACAUUUUACUCCAUAAGAGUCACUAAGAGUCAUGUCAAGCCUGUGGUCAAAACCAGAUUCAUCCUCCUGGUCCUGCACACUUCCUGCAAGGACUGUUUUGUACGAUGGUGUAAAGGAUCAAAGGAAAACAACAGCCAGGUUUGGGAGAAAAUCCAAACCCAAAGCAUCAUCCUUGACCUGGGAUCUCCGCUUCUGGAAAUGUUACUGAAAUAUUUUGAAAUCCCAAAUAUUUUGGUUACAAUUUGUGAUUUAAUGAUUUCCAUUGCUUAUAGAAUGCAUACCUGAAAAUGCUAUGGCACUGAGAAAGCAGACAGCACCCAUGUAUCAAGAAGGAGGCUGGUCUUUUGGGCCAUCAGGGAAUACAAUGUAGUUAAAUCUGUUUCCCUGUGUUUUCUCCUUGUUCAAAUAGCAAUUUAUUUAGCAUACAUGCAAUAGGGCACCUUGAUGGAGAUGCAUGCAUAAUGAUUGCAAGGCAAAAUCACUGCCUUAAGAACCUUCUUAAGCUUAAAUAGCCAGAAUUUCCCAGUGCACAUGCACAUGUUCGUGUGAAUGGGCGUAAGCAUAAAUGCACAGACACCCUUGGCACCAGCAGGGCAGCAGCAUUUUUGUUUCCUUUCUGCACACAUACUAUUUACUAAAAAAACAAAUUAAAUUAAAGAAAAAGGGAUUUCCUUUGGAUUCUGCGGCAUAUCCCAACAGUGUGACCCUGGGAAUGCUAGCCCAUGCUAAACUGCAAGUCUUGGUCCCAUGCAGACCCCAUGCAUACUCACAACUACUUCAAAAAUAAGCAGAUCACCCUUGUCAUUUAAACCACAACACAAAAAAGUUGACUUUAGAAGUCGAGGAAGGGAAGAAGUUUCUAGGUUGCAAGCAAAGAUGGAGAGAUGCUCAUCGACAGUCACAGCUAUAACCUCCUAAGCCAUAAACCCAGAUAUAUAAAUAACCCUGUACAGUUUCUUCCAAGGUCUUUGCAGCUUUUUGCUUUUCUUCUUCUAUUUGACACUGUUUUGACUUCUUCAGAGAAAAAGAAUUUUUCUUCAUUAUUCCAAACUACAGAAAAAAAAACAAAAAAAAACAAAAAAACACUUGCAAAAGAAUUCAGUUCCCUUGGCAAAAAGAACACUUCUGGAUGAUGGGUUACAGUUGGCUACACUGAAGUAAACACAAACAAGCCUCAGGUAUUAUUAAACGGGGAAGCAAAUCUCCAAACCCCAUUCCAUGUUAACUGUGAACACUACAGCACCUGAAGUAGGGGUCCUUGGACACUGCACUUCUCCUGCUCCUUACCUUCAGAAAAUAUGUAUUAAGGAAAUCACUUGCAGUAACUCACUUGUUCAUAGUGGACCUGCUCUGUACUUGCUUUAUGGUCAUUUUUGCACUUCUUUGUAUUUCAAUACCUAUGUAGUAGUAGAACUGGUUCUUUAACAGAAGAAACUACUGGGAAGGAAUUCAUGGGAUGAGCCCCAUUUUGCUCACUGGAUCAGUUUUUCAUCAAGCAGGAACUGAACUAUCUAUAGCUCUGAUCAAAGAAUCAAUCGCUUCCUUUGGGAAUAAUUUAUUCAUAUGGCAAAAAGCAAAGAGGUGCAGACAGUUUGUCUGGCUCUGUUGGUAAUGGCAGCAGUGUGAGAGGGUUUGUUAUUGUGCCUUCUUCUGCAGGAGACGAAAAUGACAACAUCACUUAUAAACUUUUAACUAACUACAUACAGGGAAAGACCCUGCAAGUAUGCUCUGUGUUUGGAAAAGGAAUGGGAAACACUGCUGGGUGAAUGGUCUGCUUCUGAGACCUUAAGAGUAAAGUGUCACCUCUCCACUUCAUCGAGGAUGGACGGUAGAUGCUUCUCCAAGACCAGAGGAACACGGAGCAUGCUUCCUAAAUGGGACCCAAGCAGAUGCAGCCAGGGCCCCUUCUGCCUCUCAACAUCAUCUAUCAGCAUGCUGAGAGAUGACAUGAAAACAGAGCUCAACGGCUCAGGUUUAACACACUAGUGGCAUUGGCAGCCCCUUGGACACUCGGGGCUCCUCUGCAGUGCCAAAAUCACCUUGAGCUGUAUCAAUGGCCACUUCUUCAGAGAGCAAAGACACCCCUGAACCCACCACAGUGGCCUUUGGGUGCUCUGGAGACGGCCAAUGACUGAUGUUUGGGCAGCUCUGAUUCCAAUGUUUAUUUUGAGUGGAAGAUUUUUUCCCCUCCUUAUAGUAAAUGUAACAAGCAAAAGUAUUGCCUGAAAAGUAUUACUGAACAUAUGUCUUCUAUUUUAUUUACUAAUAUUUUGUUUGUCCUUUCCUUUCCUCCCUUAAUUUAAUUAUGGUUCUUUUCUUACAACGAUGUAUAUAGUUUACCCAGUAGAAACAAAUAUAGUGACUCAUUUA